GAAGACGAAGAGAAGCAAAAUAACGAAAUCGAUCAAAAUGUUACGGUUGAAGAAGCGAACGGAGCCACUUCUAAGACGAGGGUUAACACAGACUCAAUUACUGAGCAAGUCGAAGAUUCUGGAAGCAAGCUUUCCAUUGCGGAAAAGACUCGGAUACGGACCAACCAAGUCGAGCAACAAGCGUAGAAAAACAGUUAACAAAGACAAUAAACACCGCCAGGAUAAUGCUGAAAAUUUCGAGUCCAAUAUGUGUCAUCAAUGUCAACGGAACGAUAGAGGGCAAGUUGUGCGGUGUCAGAAUUGCAAGAAAAAGAGAUUUUGCCUCCCAUGCUUAAGAACUUGGUACCCCAACAUAGCAAAAGAAGAUAUAGCCAAGAAAUGCCCAUGCUGCUGUAGCAUUUGCUGUUGCAGAAGAUGCUUGCGUCUAGAUACUAAAAUAAAAGGGAUAAAGUCGAAUCUCGAGGUCAGCAAGGAUGCAAAAAUUCAAUUCUCUAAAUAUACUUUGCGGUGGCUUCUCCCACAUAUGAAGGAAAUAAAUGAUGAACAAAUUGCUGAGAAGGAACUUGAGGCAAAGAUAUCUGGACUGGAGUUUGAAGAGGUGAAGCCCCAAGACGCUGAAUCUCCCCCCGAUGAAAGACUAACUUGUGAUAUCUGCAAGACUUCGAUCUUUGAUCUUCAUAGGAGUUGCGAGGACUGUUCUUGUGAUAUCUGCCUUACUUGUUGCCUUGAGAUCCGCAAUGGAAAGCCUCAGGCAUGUAAGGAGGAUGUGUCUUGCAAUUAUAUUAACCGAGGUUUAGAGUAUGCACAUGGAGGAAAAGGACAAGUUAUUGAAAUGCCGAGUGAUGAACCGAAUGAUAGCAAAGACCAUAUGAAGGACCCAUCUAUGUGGAAAGCAAAUGAAGCUGGAAUCAUUACUUGUUAUUGUGGUGCCGAGAAUUUAGUGUUGAAACGCCUACUUCCGGAUGGUUGGGUAUCUGAUUUGUAUAAGCAAGUAGAAAAAUCUGCUGAAGCUGGCAAACUUUUGGAUUUGUCUGAAACGGUUUCGGAACGAUGCCCUUGUUUUAAGUCUGACGGUCAUAUCGACAUGGACAACGGUAAAGUGUUCAAGGCUGCUUGUCGAGAAGGUUCAGAGGACAAUUAUAUAUAUUGUCCAAGUGUUAGAGAUGUUCAACAAGAUGAUCUGAAGCAUUUUCAACAUCAUUGGGUCAAAGGUGAGCCUGUGGUUAUGAGGAAUGUGCUUGAGGCUACAUCUGGGUUAAGCUGGGAACCAAUGGUAACAUAUCGUGCCUGCCGUCUGAUACGCAACAAAAAGCAUGAAACACUUCUAGAUGUUAAUUCUACUGAUUGUCUGGACUUCUGUGAGGUAGAAAUUACUCUUCAUGAAUUUUUCACCGGAUACAUAGAGGGCAGAUAUGAUCGAAUGGGUUGGCCACGUGUUCUAAAAUUGAAAGAUUGGCCUCCAUCUAAGUUCUUCGAAGAAAAUUUGCCACGUCAUUCGGAGGAGUUCUUAUGCAGUUUGCCUUUGAAGCAGUACACUCACCCAACUAAUGGACCUUUGAAUCUGGCUGUCAAACUGCCUAAAAAUUGCUUGAAGCCAGACAUGGGGCCAAAGACGUAUAUUGCUUAUGGAUUUGCGCAAGAAUUUGGCCGUGGAGAUUCUGUUACUAAGCUCCAUUGCGACAUGUCUGAUGCGGUAAAUGUUUUGACGCACAUAUCUGAAGUGCCCAUUAGAAGGGAAAAUCAACCUGAUAUUGAAAAACUGAAAAAGAAGCAUGCUGAACAAGAUCUCAAGGAGCUGUAUUCCUCAGUAGCUAACAAGGAGGAAAUGAUGGAGAUUCUUGAAAAGUCUAGCCAAGAAGUCGAAAAUGUUGAGACCGAUGAUGGAGCUCUUUGGGACAUUUUCCGUAGAGAAGACAUUCCAAAAUUAGAACAUUACCUUCAGAAACAUUACAAGGAGUUUAGACAUUUCUACUGUUGCCCUUUGUCCCAGAUUGCUCAUCCAAUACAUGACCAAACGUUCUAUUUGACACGGUAUCAUAUAGCGAAGCUGAAAGAAGAAUAUGGCAUUGAACCAUGGACCUUUAAUCAGAAGCUUGGGGAUGCUGUCUUAAUACAUGUAGGGUGCCCACAUCAAGUCAGAAAUUUGAAGUCUUGCACAAAGGUAGCGCUUGACUUUGUCUCACCUGAAAAUGUCAGCGAGUGUUUACGCUUGACAAAACAAUAUCGUCUACUUCCACCAAAUCAUUUUGCUAAAGAAGACAAGUUAGGGGUAAAGAAGAUGAUAAUUUAUGCAGUUGAUAGGGCUCUCAAAGACUUAAGUGGAAAGGAGUCUACAGAACCCGAAGAGAAGAAAAAUUUAAAGAAAGGGAAGAAGUCAAAGGUGAUAGUGAAGGCCGUCGAUAAGGCUCUCAAAGACUUACCUCCAAGUGAAAAGUCUUCGGAAACCGUAGAGGAGAAAUCAAACGGGAUAGUCAAUCCAAUCGAUAAGGCUCUCCAAGACUUACCCCCAACUGAAAAGAAGUGUUACCCCCAACUGAAAAGAAGUCUCCGGAAGGGGAAGGGGAGAAAAAAGCAGAGAUAGUGAAGACAUACGAGCGUAGAAAAAAGCAAUGAAGUGAAGAAAUCAACUCAUAGACAUUGG